AUGACUUGGUCUAUGUUGAUCCGCUUUGCCGAUGAUGCGAACAAAGUUCGGUUUGGAGAGCCGCAAAUCACUGAGGCUAAAGAGCUCUUUAACCUGCUAGCUGUGAGCGAACUCCAUGCCACUGAAUACGUCGGAGACAGUCCGUUUUCUCUGUCCCUAGGCACGCAAACUUUUCGUGUGAAGGAACUCCUUGGGGUUCUUGAGCCGCGUGACGUGCCUAUCAUCCGUUGCAUUGGCCUCAACUACAUGAAACACAUUAAGGAAGGUGGUCGUGCACCUCCUCCCUAUCCGUCCGUAUUCUUCAAACCGUCGACAUCCAUUGCAAGCUUCCAGGACGAUAUUCCUAUCCCUAAAAUUGCACAGGAUGACCAGUUGGACUAUGAAGGCGAACUGUCAAUCGUGAUUGCCAAGACCGGUAAAGACAUUCGAGAGCGGGACGCCCUGGAUUAUGUCGCUGGAUAUGUCUCAUCAAAUGACAUCUCCGCCAGAAAAUGGCAGCGUGAUCCUGCUUUUGCUGGAGGCGUUCCACAGUGGUGUUUCAGCAAAGGCUUUGACAAGUUCGCGGCCCUGGGUCCAAUGAUUGUGUCGCCAAAGAUUGUUGGAGCUGCCGACAAUCUCCGACUCCAGACAUUUGUCAAUGGCGAGCAGCGGCAAGACUCCAACACCAGUGAUCUCCUGUUCGGAGUACAGAGGAUCAUUAGCUUUAUGAGCCAGGGAACCACCCUGGAAGCAGGCACCGUGAUCAUGACGGGGACUCCGGCCGGUGUAGCGAUGGGCAUGAAGGUCCCCAAGUAUCUGAAGGACGGGGACGUGGUGGAGGUUGAGAUUGAACACUUGGGACGGACUAGGAACAUGAUGAGUUUCAAGUGA